AAAUAGAAUGUCAUAUAAUUAAAUAGCAACGUAUAUAUAAAACGUAUCAAAACACAUACAUUCCGUUUUGAAAAAGUGAUGGUAAUGCAGUGUGUCAUGAAUGGGAUCGUCAGAGAACAGCCAGAGGAAACUGAACAGAUCAAUAAACAAAACACGCUUCAGCUGACGACUAGAUUAUAUUACAUAGGCCUAAUUUUCUAAAAAAAAAAAUGAAGAAAUCAGUGACAGAAACUAACCGAAGAUAUAUGGGGCAGCACCAGAUCAGCCGGAGAAUGAGCCCACCAGUUGUAGAGGAGCCACUGACCUCUCAACACUCAAGUUGCCUUCAGCAGAGAAAAGGUCAGGAUUGGGAAGAAACAGAAUGCAAAGAGAACCAUGUCGGAUCAACCUCUAAAACGUCUGCUAAUCUUCCCUGGCUUGGAGACUCAUCUUUGGCUUUGGAUGAAGAGCUCUUGCAGGCACUGGAUGCAUUUGAACAUAUCGCCCCUCCCAGGGAGCAAAGGGCCACUGUCCCAUUACAAACUCAGCAGCAGGAAAAUCACCUUUCUGAACCCAAGCAUGACAGAAGUGUGCCUGAAAAUAUGAAAGAUGGCUUCACAAAGCUUCAAAUGCCAAGUAGCGGAAAAUCGUGCCUGCACUCCAGCAAUGCAAAUCAAAGAACUGUUCCCAGUCUGUCUGACUCAGAGAGGACUGAAAUGCAUAGAAAAGUUUCAGAAAAGUCUAAAAACUUAGCCACAGAACUUUUAUUCGGUGAAGAUAAAGAUUGUAAAAAAUCUUAUUCUGAGAUUCCAGUGAUUUCAGAAAGCUGUUUUCCAGCUAGCCAUAAAAGACAGAGACAUAAUUCUUUAUCAAGCCCUGAAUCAGGUGGUUCAGCUGGUCCAUCCUGUUCAAAGAAAGCUUUGUUGAAGAAAUCAUUUUUAAAUGGAACAAGUUCUAAAAGUGCUAGUAAUGGACACAGGUUUCGGAAGAGGGCAGUUGUAAAAAAAUCAUUUAGAAGUCCUUCCGAGAAUGGUAACAGAAGGCUGGACACUUCAAAUAACUUUAUUUUCUUCAGCCCCACACGCAUGGCUGCAGCACUGCAGAAGAAAAAACUACAACAUCAACAGCAGCACUCAAUUUCUAACCUCUCUGCUUCAGUCCUGACACCACCCACCGGGCUGGACCUUAGCACAACUGAAACCAGCAGACUGAAUGACACUUUAAUGGCUACAGGGCAAAGUAUUCACCUGGCUGUGCCUGCUGACCAGUCAGACAAGCUGUUGCUGUCAAGUUGGGGUCUACCCAAACCAGUCCUGGAGAAGUACCAGAGCCUAGGAGUGGUCCGGAUGUUCGAAUGGCAAGCAGAAUGUCUUACACUGGGACGGGUGUUAGAAGGCAAGAACUUGGUCUAUUCAGCACCUACCAGUGCUGGGAAAACUCUUGUUGCUGAACUGCUCAUUCUGAAGAGGGUCCUGGAAACACGAAGAAAAGCCUUGUUCAUUCUUCCCUUUGUGUCUGUUGCAAAAGAGAAAAUGUUUUACCUGCAGAACAUAUUCCAGGAGGCAGGUGUUCGAGUGGAAGGAUACAUGGGAAGCACAUCUGCAGCUGGUGGAUUUUCUUCUCUUGAUGUGGCUGUGUGCACAAUUGAGAAAGCCAAUGGGCUCAUUAACAGGCUUGUUGAAGAAAAGAAAAUUGACCUUCUUGGGAUUGUUGUGGUUGAUGAGUUGCACAUGUUGGGUGAUUCCAGUCGUGGUUAUCUCCUGGAGCUUUUACUGACUAAGAUACGUUACAUUGUACAGAAAACAUCAUCCAGGGAUUCUCAGUCUGGCAACCCUGCACUAAGUCAAGGAGUACAGAUUGUAGGAAUGAGUGCUACCCUACCAAACCUGGGUUUACUGGCUAGCUGGCUAAAUGCAGAGCUGUACCACACUGACUAUCGACCUGUGCCUCUAAUGGAGUGGGUGAAGAUUGGGAGUACUGUUUACGACGGCUCAAUGACUGUGGUUAGGGAGUUUAAACCUGCGCUUCAAGUCAAGGGAGAUGAUGACCACAUUGUCAGCCUUUGCUAUGAAACCAUUCAGGAUGGCCACUCUGUACUUCUCUUCUGUCCCUCAAAGAACUGGUGUGAGAAGCUAGCUGACAGUAUCGCCAGGGAAUUCUACAAUCUUCAGCACAGAGCUUUCCAGGCUGCUGACGGGGCAUUGAAAGACCCAAGCCUCCUUCCUCUUUCCCUGAGUAGGGAGGGUCUACAGGAUGUACUGGCCCAGCUGAAACGUUCUCCUGCGGGAAUGGAUUCUGUUCUCCAACGUACAGUUCAGUGGGGAGUGGCCUACCAUCAUGCAGGCUUGACGUUUGAUGAGCGGGAUAUCAUUGAAGGAGCGUUCCGCCAGGGCUACAUUAGAGUUCUUGCUGCCACCUCGACUCUCUCCUCUGGAGUAAACUUGCCUGCUCGUCGUGUCAUCAUUAGGACUCCCGUUUUUAAUGGUCGCCUGCUUGACAUUCUAACUUACAAACAGAUGGCAGGAAGAGCUGGUCGUAAAGGGGUUGACACUGUGGGUGAGAGCAUCCUGGUGUGUAAGAAUUCUGAGAGGUCAAAAGGAGUAAGUCUGUUACAGGGUUCCCUGAAACCUAUCCGCAGCUGUCUUAUGAAGAAAGAAGGGGAGGGGGUCACCACCAGCAUGAUUCGAGCAAUCCUUGAGAUCAUAGUUGGUGGAGUAGCCAGCACUCCUGAAGAUGUGAAGAUUUAUGCCUCUUGCACACUGUUGGCAGCCAGUUUUUCUGAAGAGAAUUUAGAGCAAAGUGAUUCUGAGAGUGGAGAGUCAAGCACAGAGGGUCCUGCACCAAAAGCCAAGGGAAGUGUCCAGGGAGGAGCUAUUGAGGCAUGUGUUGAGUGGCUCAUGGAGAAUGAAUUCAUCCAAAUACAGGAGGAGGAGAAAGAAGAAAAGAAAAUUCAGUUGUACAGUCCUACUCAACUGGGUGCUGCCACCCUGUCCUCUUCCCUGUCUCCUGCUGAUGCACUAGGGAUCUUUGCAGACCUUCAGAGGGCAAUGAAAGGUUUUGUUUUGGAGAAUGACCUCCAUAUUCUGUACCAGGUUACCCCAGUCUAUGCAGAGUGGACAACUAUUGACUGGUAUCAGUUCUUUUGUCUGUGGGAGUAUCUACCGACCUCCAUGAAGAGAGUGGCAGAAAUGGUUGGGAUUGAAGAGGGAUUUUUGGCUCGUUCUGUGCGGGGAAAGUUAAUAGCUAAAACUGAUAAACAGCGUAGACAGAUGGCAAUCCACAAACGGUUUUUCACUAGCUUGGUUUUACUAGAUCUAAUUUGUGAAGUUCCCCUCAGGACUGUAGCAAAGAAAUACAGCUGUAGCCGAGGACAGCUUCAGUCUCUGCAGCAGUCAGCUGCCACGUAUGCAGGAAUGGUGACUGUUUUCUGUAAUCGUCUGGGAUGGUACAACAUGGAACUUCUGCUCUCUCAGUUCCAAAGCCGACUCAGCUUCGGUAUUCAGAGGGAGCUGUGUGACCUUGUAAGGAUCUCUCUCUUAAAUGCACAGAGAGCCAGAGCACUUUAUAAUGCAGGAUUCGUCAGUGUGUCAGAACUGGCUAGAGGAAGUAUUGCAGAUGUAGAGACCGCGCUGAAAAAUGCAGUCCCAUUUAAAAGCACUCGCAGGGCAGUGGAUGAGAGUGAACACGAAGCCCAGGAGCGAAGGAAUACCCGUUGUAUUUGGGUCAGUGGAAAGAAGGGCCUGACAGAGAAAGAGGCUGCACUCCUGAUCGUGGAGGAGGCCAGGAAGCUUCUCCAGCAGGACUUGGCCCUCUUAGGUGUGGAGUGGAAUCCAGAAUCGCUUUCUGAAAGCACCCAACAAGGAGCUGCUUCAUCCUCGCCAGCACCUGCACACGAGAAACCUAAGAGUGUGGAAUCAGAGUUACCUUCAGAUAGAGAGCAACAAGUUUUACUUUCUGAAAUGAAUAAAGCUGAAGCAGAAGGCAGUAAUCGACGUGAACACAGUAGAACUACAUCUACUGAGAAUACCUCUUUGGAAAAGUCCUCUGCACCCAUUAAAGACAGAAACAAUUCAGCAGUUGCUAAAUUAGAACAAAUAAUAGUUACUGAUCAGCCGCACAAUGGUCUGGCUACAGGUUCUCGUCACAGCAUUGCUAUUGCAAAUGAACUGAAACAGAACAACAAAAAGUAUGGUGUUGGUGGUGCUGUAGAGAUUGUGGGAGAGGCUUCAGAAUACAAACAAGCUGCUACUUCUAUAGUUACACAUGAGGAAUCUUUAACCACAGCCCAGAACGUGGUAUCAACUAGUUCAUUGAAACAAAACCAACCUAAAAAUAAAUCUGUAGAGAAGAAAAGCACUACAUUAUCUGCUGCUGCUUUACACUUGUAUAGAAAGACUGAAGAUGACUCCAACACUAACCCAAAUGAAGAUAAUGGAAAAAAGUUCCUCACAGUACCAAGUGAGAGUUUCAGGAAGUUACCUUCAAACCUUGCUCACAAAUGCAUAAAGACUGUGGUUUCUGACCCCAAAGAACAAAAUCAGACAUUUACAACUUCGCAAGUUCCCAUGUGUACAAAAACUGUUAAAGAACAAAAUCAAAGUUUAGUCAUUUCUGAAGAAAACUGUACAGCACAUUCUGCACAUGGCACUUCAAAGGUAAAAGGCUUUCAGAAAGGUCCAUCUAAAGAUAUCAACAUGGAAAUAAUAUCAGGAGGUUUGAACCCGGCCUGUUUAUCAGACCACAGCAAUACAAAAAACAAUUUGCUGAUGCAGAGCGCUCACUUGUCUGUCAGUUAUUGUGGGAACAAAGCGGAGGAGAAUACCAAAGGUUUUGAAAAAGAUCAUUGCGCUUUGCCCAAAAAUAUCUCGGAAACCCUUCAGAAUGCAAUAGGUCAAAGGACGUUUCACAGUAAUGGAGUAAUAAUGGCUGGAAUUGAGAAGGAAAAAGUAGCAGAGGAAUAUCCUCUGAAAUAUUUGCAUAUUGAUGCAAGAGAUUCAAAGGAAGAUAUUGGGAAUGGUGUCCAUCAUGGAGAACAUUCAAAUGUAUCUCCAAAAGAGAAUAUAGAAAGUUUUCCAGGUACAGUGCGAAAGGAAACUAGCAGGUCUCCGGACCUGUAUUGUGCUACCCAAGAGGUGUUUGGGGAUAGCUUUCAGUUGGAUACUCAGACAGAGAGAAUAAUCAUGCAACAGGAAUAUGAUGUAUUGCAUCGCACAGAACCAAAAAAACAAUAUUCCUCACCAGCUGCCAUGCAACCAGGCUUGCUGGGACAAGAGCAAGAAGUUGGAUUACAAGUUGUCGGGGAAGUUAAAAGUAGCAAAAAAGUUUUGGUACAAAUCUCUGAUAAAAAUGAGAAUCAAAAUGACAAAGGUUUACAGAAAAAUGGGUGUUCUGCAACUGAGUCCAUAGAAGUCUAUUGUAGUAAUCAGACUGGAGGUGCUUCUUUUUCCAAGUACAAUAAUGUUUCCCUUUCAGACACUCAGCUGGGCAAUUUUCUUGACUACUGUGCUUUUGUUGAAGCAAGUGCUUCUCCUGUUGUGGUGCAGAGAGGAAAUGUGGUCAUCAGUGACAUUAUAGAGCUCCAGCAAGCUACAGAAACCAGUGCAGAGACUAGCCUCAAUAUGAGUGGCAGCUUCCUAUUUGAUAGUCUUUGUGAUAUUCCUGUAGAAGUUCCAACAAAGACAGCUGUUCCAGUAGAAAAACCUCAGGUUUCAGAAGAAUCCCAUGAUGUACAACCCAUCAGUACAUCGGUGAAUCACAACCAGUGGGCUGAAUCAUCUUUUAAUCUAUCAGAUUUUGGUGAAUCGUUUAAUAUGGGAGAAGCCCCGUUUGUAGAGAAACUCAAUGCUGUAUUGAGCAGUGAUGAUGAAGUAACUUCAGGGCAGCGUGGAUCCACAAAACCCAAUGAAAUGAAUUGUCUGUUAUCAGAAAUUGAAUCCCUAAAAGCCAUUAAUGCUGAGACCAUUACUGCUAAAAAUGCUUGGUCAGACACAACUUUUGAUUUAAGCCCAGGAAUGCAGGAGCUUCUGGACAAAUGGCCAAGCCCAUCUGGCAAAAAUUCCUCUAAAAAUGAGUUAUUGAUAAAUGGUAAAGUAGACCGUCUUUCAGUAGGAAAUACUACAGAAAGCAUAACAUGUCCACAACAUCAAAAUGUUCAGGGAAUACCUGAAACACCAAAUAAAGUACCAACAAAUGUUAAGAGCCUUAUUGUUGGAGAUAAUUCUGUUACAACUACAAAUCAUGGACCAAACAAUAUUAUUUCCCCAGGUCUGAAUCAAGGAUCAGAUUCAAGACCAGAUAGUCAUAAUGAACUUGUUCCUCCAACACCACCAACUGAGCCAGUUACACCUAGGAUCAAAAUGUGCAUGUCAAGUUCAGUCAGGUUGGAUAAAUGUAGAGGGAGGGAUUUUUUAAAUGAAGAGUCUUCCUUUCAAGUGAAACGGCAGAAGUUGGCAGUUGAUCAUCGGAAAAAUACAAUGCCUUGCAUCGAGAUAGCACCUUUGUCAGAAAUGGAUCACAAGACUGAUGACUCUGUUAUAGAUGAGAGCUUUUCACUGCAGUUGUCUCAGGAUGUGUCUCCCUCUGCGGCUGUCUCUUGCAGUCUGGAAACUCUCACCAUUAUAGAUGUGGCAAGUGAUCAAACCCUUUUCCAGACAUUUAUCAAAGAAUGGAAAGCUAAAACAAGGUUUUCCAUUGCAGUGGCAUGUGAGAAACGUGAAAGAGUUUUGUCCCCUAAAUCUGCUAUUGGAGGAAAGUUCAAGACAGGUUAG